AUGUGGCACGAGGCGAGAAAGCAGGAGAGAAAAAUCCGUGGUAUCAUGGUGAAUUACAAAAAGCGAGCUGAACGACGAAGGGCAUUCUACGAAAGAAUGAAAACAGACCCGACAACAUUUCUCCGAAUUCAGGGGUCAAAUUGCAAGAUUCACAUUGAGCAUCAAAAUUCUGACAACAUAAACAUGAUGCCUUGGCAGGGUGAUAAAACUGUUAUGAUUGAUAGAUUUGAUGUAAGAGCUCAUUUAGACUAUAUCCCAGAACCUUCAAUUCCACAGACAGAUAAAUCAGUGAACAGCUCUGAAGAGAAAAAGUUAAAUUAUGAGCGAUAUCGUACUUUGGUUAUGAUCGAAGCAUCCGGAGCGACUGAAGAAGGAUAUCUAAAACAACUCAGACAGGAAGAGGAAAACCCUAGAACAAUGGCCGAGGAGAAAAAAGAAAAACCUGCUCCGAAAGCAACUAUAGGGUAUACAUACGAGGACAGUAAUCUUGUAAUGAACGAGGCAGAACUUGACUCCGGCAGCGACAGUGAGAGCGACGCGGAUUUAGACAUUGAUGUUGCCGUUAAUGUUGACGAGCUGGAUAAUGAACAGCGAGGUGACCUAGACAAUUUAUCUGUCAAGUUCGGAAUGGAACCUGGUAAAUAUUGUUCUUUACUGAAAGCAGAUAAAGACGAGGCCGAACAUGUACAGAAAGUUCGAGACGAGGAGGAAGCGAGGAGUCAGUUACGGGGAAGGCGUGCAAAAAGGGAUCGUCGUUCACUUAAAGAUCGCCAAAGGGGAACUGUGAACACCUCACCGUUAAGCUAUCUAAGAAAGGCAAGCCCUUCUUACGAGGCUUAUCGUGAAAGUAGGUCAAGGUCACGGUCAUCCUCAUCAGGUGGAGAGCCGACCAAAGUAGAGUAUAUAACCGAGUUUGGCUCUCAGGGUAGUAAGGAUAACAACUCAACUAACAGUGAUAGAAAGAAAGGUUCCCAAAAUGAAAUAAAAAGCAAACAUAAAAGGUAUGAUGAUUCAGAACAACUGAAAGUGUCUGAAAAUUAUAAGAAAUCAAGAUCGGAAAGAAGGUCUAGGUCAACAUCCCAUGAACGUCAUUCAAAGUAUCGAUCCCGUUCCAGAUCUCGUUCUAGAUCCCGUUCUCGUUCACCUUCAUACAAACGAAGAUCUUAUCACAGAAGUCGAUCUCAUUCCCCAUCUCGGGAGCGACGUGAAUCCAGGGAUGUUUAUGCAAGUGAUAAAAGAACAAAAUCCAUAAGUCAAGAAAAGAAAUCAGACAAGACUAAGUCAUCUUUGUCGGGGGAUAAGACAAAACUAACUCCUCAAGAAAAAAUGAAAAAACGAAUGCAGUUGGCUUUAAAUAAACAGUUGAAAAUAGACAAGAAGGAAGAAAGGAAGAAAAAAGAAGUAAAAGAACAGGAAAAACAGGAGAGAGAUGAUGAUUUGAAAGAGGUUUCAAAGCGAUGGAAGGAUAAAAAGAGAUAUAGAUACAGUCGUAGCCGUAGUCGAUCUUACUCUCCAGAAUACAGGCUUUGA